UGGCGGAAGGACCGGCGGCAGUCGCGCGCCGGCCGCUGCCUCGAAAGGGUGUUUGUGUUGAUCUCGUCGCGAUGAAAAUCUGGCCGCCAUAGAGGUUAUGUUUACGCGUGUCGCGGGAACUGGACCGACCACGCAUGCCCUUUUGCGUUCGCCUUUUCGAAAAUCGUGCAUGGAUUCGUCGUCACGUGGCCAUCGAUAAAUCCUUUGAUCCUCUUCGACUGGUUCGGUUCUUGGAGCAGUCUUGGCAGUGCUUGUCGACGCAGGAAAACUUUGUAAAUGCAUAGAAGCGUGAGGUGUCGUGGCUCGCGGGUGUAGUUCGUGCGGUGGUGUAUCUGUAAAAGGCCAACGAGAGGCCGCAACGGUGGGUUUUCGAGAUGAGCUAUGAAUUUGGGCUGCCUGGUAGCCACCGUCUUUGUGCUUCAGCUGCUCCAGCUGCCGUUCCAUACCGCGGGGUUACCCUCAGUCGUCAAGAUUGGUGCUAUAUUCACUCAUGACCAAAAGGAUAGCAGUACGGAGCUGGCCUUCAAGUAUGCCGUGUACAAGAUCAACAAGAACAAGCUCAUCCUGCCGAAAACGACGCUGGAGUACGAUAUACAAUAUGUGCCGAAAGAUGACUCCUUCCACGCGUCGAAGAAGGCAUGUCAACAGGUCAAAUACGGCGUGCAAGCGGUAUUUGGCCCGUCGGAUCCAAUACUUGGACAACACAUACACAGCAUCUGUGACGCACUGGACAUUCCACACCUGGAAGCCAGGCUGGACCUGGACCCGGAGGCGAAAGAGUUCAGCAUCAACCUUUAUCCCGCACAAAGUUUGCUCAACGCCGCUUAUCAGGACAUCAUGGAGUUUCUCAACUGGACCAAGGUCGCCAUCAUCUACGAGGAUGACUACGGACUGGUGAAGCUACGAGAGCUCGUCAGGUCGCCGAAGUCUCGGGAGAUCGAGGUUAACCUCAGGCAGGCCGACCCGGAUUCCUACCGACUGGUGCUCUCCGAGAUGAAAAGCAAGGAAAUACGGAAUCUCAUCGUGGAUACCAAGCCGGAGCACAUGCAUCAUUUUCUGCGAAUGAUCCUGCAGCUGCAAAUGAACGACUACAAGUACCACUAUCUCUUCACGACAUUCGAUAUCGAGACCUUCGACCUCGAGGACUUCAAGUACAAUUUCGUCAAUAUCACUGCCUUCCGUCUGGUGGACGCCGAGGGCGUCGGGGUGCGGGACAUACUGAGGGACAUGGAACGAUACCAGCCUUCUGGGAAUAAGAUCCUCAACAAAUCGAGAGUCAUACAGGCGGAGCCAGCUUUAAUGUACGACAGCGUGCAGGUGUUUGCAGCAGGAUUAAUGACCCUGGAACAAUCGCACGCGUUGAGGCCCGCAAAUAUCUCCUGCGAGAUGGAGCACCCAUGGGAUGGUGGACUGUCGCUCAUCAACUACAUAAACUCGGUCGAUAUGAAAGGGAUUUCCGGACCCAUAGAGUUCAAAGAAGGCCGCAGAAUUCAAUUCAAGCUGGACCUACUGAAGCUAAAGCAACACUCGCUCGUCAAGGUAGGCGAGUGGCGUCCAGGCAUGGGCGUCAACGUGACAGACACUGCAACGUUCUUCGAACCAGGAACCGCGAAUGUCACUCUGCUCGUCAUCACGAUAUUGGAAAUACCGUACGUGAUGAUGCACUACGAAAAAAACUACACGGGGAACGCGAGAUUUUACGGUUUUUGCGUGGACCUCCUGGAGGCGGUGGCGAGGGAGGUGGGCUUCACUUACCGAUUGGAGCUGGUACCGGACAGGAAGUACGGCGCGAAAGACCCGGAAACCGGGGAAUGGAACGGCAUCGUCAGAGAACUCAUGCGACAUGAGCAGCCGUACGUAAUGCUGAAGAGCAGAGGGAAUUUCAGCGGGAACGCACGUUACGAGGGCUUCUGCAUCGAUCUGCUCAAGAAGAUAGCUCACAUGGUGGGCUUCGCCUACAGGAUCGAGCUCGUGCCCGAUGGCAGAUACGGCGUUUACGAUUACGAGACCGGAGAGUGGAACGGAAUAGUCCGCCAGCUGAUGGACAAGAAAGCGGACCUGGCGGUCGGGUCGAUGACCAUCAAUUACGCCCGCGAGAGCGUGAUCGACUUCACGAAGCCGUUCAUGAACCUGGGCAUCUCGAUCCUCUUCAAGGUACCGACGAGCCAUCCAGCUCGACUGUUCUCCUUCAUGAACCCCCUGGCAAUCGAGAUCUGGCUGUACGUCCUGGCGGCGUACGUCCUCGUCUCCGUGACGAUGUUCGUGGUGGCCCGAUUCAGUCCGUACGAGUGGAACAAUCCGUAUCCCUGUCACGCUGGCUCAGAGGUCGUCGAGAACCAAUUCUCGCUAGCCAACAGCUUUUGGUUCACCAUCGGCACUCUGAUGCAACAGGGCAGCGACUUGAACCCCAAGGCGACGAGUACGAGGAUCGUGGGUGGCAUUUGGUGGUUCUUCACGCUGAUAAUCAUCUCAUCGUACACCGCGAACCUGGCGGCAUUCCUCACGGUCGAGAGGAUGAUAACGCCGAUCGAGAACGCGGAGGAUCUUGCUGGACAAACGGACAUCUCGUACGGGACCCUGGAGAGCGGGAGCACCAUGACCUUCUUCAGGGAUUCGAUGAUCGAGACUUACAAGAAGAUGUGGCGGUUCAUGGAGAACAAGAAGCCGUCUGUGUUCGUGCCCACUUACGAGGAGGGGAUCCAAAGAGUUCAUCAAGGCGAUUACGCCUUUCUGAUGGAGUCGACUAUGCUGGAUUACAUCGUGCAGAGAGAUUGCAAUCUGACUCAAAUCGGUGGACUUCUGGACAGCAAGGGUUACGGGAUCGCCACGCCAAUGGGCUCCCCUUGGCGCGACAAGAUAUCGCUGGCGAUCCUUGAACUGCAGGAGAAAGGCGAGAUCCAAAUACUGUACGAUAAAUGGUGGAAAAGUCCUGGCGACACUUGCAUGAGGACUGAGAAGGGGAAAGAGAGCAAGGCGAACUCUUUAGGUGUUGCCAAUAUAGGUGGAGUGUUCGUCGUUCUGAUGUGCGGCCUGGCGUUCGCCGUGCUGAUCGCCAUUUUCGAGUUUUGCUACAAUUCGAGGAGAAACACGCCGGCAGAACGGAGAGCUCCUGUACCAACGCCGGCCUGUUCGGGUUCUCUGCAAGGGAUCUCCCAGUCCGUGCAACAGCAGCAACAGCAACAACAGGCGCCGCAACAGCAGCAGCAGCAGCAGCAGCAGCAACAGGAGUCCCUGUGUUCGGAAAUGGCGCGGGAACUGUGCCGCGCGUUGCGCUGCCACGCGUCGUCGCGACGCCGACGCGCCUGCGAGAAGUGCUCGACACACGUGCUCGGCUAUCCGCCGGACAACCCCACUGCCACCCCCCUCAACGGGAUGAGAUCCCAGAGAAGCAGUCUGGGUGUUCCCACAGUCGAACUGCCGCCACACAUCCUCAUGCAUCAUCAUGCACCACCGCCGCAACCGCCUCACGAUUACGACGGAAAUUAACCACGACUAUCUUUCACACCUUUGUGAUCACCUAGACGUAAAGCAGCGUAAUAAAGAUAAGGACGAAAAACUCGUGAAAAGAAAAACACAAAAAAAAAACUUAAUAAAUAAAAUUUACAAACAGACAGAAAAGCAAGUACAAAACGCAUCAUGUGGCACCGGACGGAAAACAAAUCGACGAGUUCGUUUCUUCGUAUUUCUUAGAGAUCGAGGUAGAAUCCCGCAGCGAGUGUCGCGUUGCGAGUAUUAUUCACUGAACGAACGUUGCACAAUUCCUCCACGAACGUUCGCUGGCGAUUCGACGGGCAGAGAACCUAUCGUUUCAUCAUCUUCGCUCCGGAAAGAGCUUUCGUCUCUUCGCACCUUUUUCGUAGAGCUUGCAACGACGAUUUUUCGCACAUCAUUGACGACGGAUCGAUCACUCGCAAGGAGGGCCUACGAUCGAGAUAAACGCAAAAUGUAGGGAAUAUGAUGUAAACGAAUUUCAGAAUUGUAUUUAUGUGGCAUUACUUACUUUUAUUAAAUAAAAAUAAAUGGAACUCUUUACUGCGUGAAAUUUUGGUUACUUUGAAGUAGAUUGAAUUAUGAGUAUGAAUUAAUCUCAGAAGUAAUGCCUAUUUUGACUUUCUGUUUAUUGAGCGAAUUAUUGUUAUAAAUCUACUUGGAAAAUUUUAAUAUCUGAAGUUAUUUAACGUUAAUAAAAACAAAAUGCGUUUGUCACAAUUGUAAGCUCCCCUUGUAGACCUCUAUCGACGAUCGUUCCACAUUCUUCUUGCAAUUUCUCACCUCUCUUGAGUAGAAUCCAGGUAUUUGCUACAAACAGUAGUUUGAGAAAACCGUGUUUUGAAAAAUAUAGAAGACAGUUAAUCUCACUUAUAUCGCUGAAAGUUUGCAUCUAUGGUCUAUGCGAUAUCAAUUGGCUGCUCAAGAGCACUACCCCGCCUUUGUGCUCUGCAUUAAUUGUUAUUUUUUCGUGAAACUUGUAUGUUAUUCCUAACAUUUAUUCUGCCGAAUCUAUUAAAUUUGUAUUUUUGCAUUGUGCUACAUUUAAUUCCGUAAUCCUAAUUUAUUUUCUAUUCAUUAUUUCAAAUUUCCAUUUAGAUACAAGUUUUAUCCAUCUUUGAAGAGAGGGAGUAACCUUGAGUGGCCAAUAUACUUUAUUCAGACCACAAUUCAGCUAUAUCGAACGAAGCAUCGACGCGAUUUUGUGAUCACGUUUCUUUUUGCGUUCAUCUGAACGAACUGCACCGUACGAUUCCACAUAAUGGCCACCGACCACCGAGGACAUUUGUGUAAAUACCGCGAUGGUAAGCGCGAAAAUAGACUCAGCGCUAAAUAUUUUAACUGAGCGAGGCGAGCGAGUAAGUGUUUAGCGUUAAACGAGUACAACCAGGUAGACGUUUGGUGUCAUUUACCGUGUGUAUAUGCAGAUAGACGGCGAAAUAAAUUCAUAAGACCAGAAGAUCAA